AUGAGGCCGGCUAAAGCCAUUGUCGAAGAUGCGAUUUGCAAUCGAUCUUCCGCAACAUCCAAAUCUUCGGUGGAUGACAGUGAUGACGAUGGAGCUGCCCAGAACUUGCAGAGUCUCAAAGCUCCGGUACGAGAGAAAGGUACAGCAGUGGAAUGCGCCAAAGAACAAAAUGCCAGAACAGAGCCCAUUGCAGGCGAGCCAAUCAAAUCAGGUACCCUACCGACCAUUGAUUUUGAUGAUAUAGUUGAUGAAAUUUGCUAUUGGGAGUCUGCCUUGAUCUGUUAUGUAUUGGGCGCCAACCCCUCGCUCAAAGUUAUGGAGGGAUUUGCACAGAGAAUGUGGAAACACCAACAUCUUGACAAGCUGGUUGGAAUCGGGAAAGGGGUGUACUUAGCCAGAUUUCAUACUAAAGAUAACAUGCUUAAGGUAGCAAAUGGUGAUCAUAUUUUCUUUGAUUCAAAACCUUUGAUCAUGAAACCAUGGUCUCCUGAUAUAGAUGUUAUGAAGGAUGACAUUAGAACUAUACCCAUGUGGAUCAAAUUACCUGGCCUAGACCUGAAAUACUGGGGUGUUAAAGCUUUGACUAAAAUAUGUGGUGGUGUUGGAAAAUUUAUCAAACCUGAUAACUCCACACUCAACAAGGACAAACUGCAGUAUGCCCGUGCUCUAAUUGAAACUGAAUUGGAUGGCCCCUUGCCUGACUCUAUUACCUUCAUUAAUGAAAAAGGUUGCACUAUUAAUCAGGUAGUGCAUUAUGAUUGGAAACCUGUGCUUUGUAACUUGUGCAAAAGGUUUGGGCAUGAAGGGAAAGUCUGUAAGAGAGGGGUAACAGCCACCGUAACAAAAUGGGUUCCAAAAGUCAAACAAACCCAGGCCUUGAUACAAACACAACAACAGAUUCAGCUGGCCACGCAACACCAAAAUGACAAACAACAGGAGGAUGAGGGAUUUACUGCUACAAAGCGAAAACCCUCAUCACCACAGAGACUGACCUGUACUGCGACUGAGGGUAUGUUAUCUGUGAACAACAAAUUUGACUUAUUAACAGGGGAAAAUACAGUGGAGCCAGAAACAAUGGAUGGCAAUACCAUGCCGCUAGAGCUCUCUAUUUGGAAUUUAAGAGGGCUAAAUGACUUGGACAAAAGGAGGAAGGUCAAAGACUUUAUCUCCUACCACAAAAUCCAAUUAUUUAGCCUUCUUGAGACUAGGGUAAAGAGAGCCAACCUUGGUAACAUUUACCUUAGCUUAUGUCCCGACUGGAAUUUAAUAUCUAAUCAUGCUCAUCAUUAUAAUGGUAGAAUUAUUGUUGCUUGGAACCCUCAUGUUUUCACUAUUGAUGUCUUAGGUAUGACAGAUCAAUUUAUCCACACUGAAAUUUUGGUUAAUGCUACUAAAAUGAAGUUUCUUUGUACUUUUGUAUAUGGCCAUAAUGAUGUUCAAAAAAGAAACUGCCUAUGGAAUUUUCUUUCAGAUACAGCUGCUACCCAUUCCAAACCAUGGUGUGUAGGUGGAGAUUUCAAUGCUAUCAUGCACUUUCAUGAUAGAGCUGGUUCCUUUGUGCGAGAAAAAGAUAUUCGACCGAUGGCUAAGUGUAUGCAUCAAUGCAGACUGCAUGAUGUCAAGAGCAUAGGGAGAUUCUAUACCUGGAAUAACAAGCAGGAUGGGUGCAACAGAGUCCUAUCGAAGAUUGAUAGAUUCUUAUGCAACCAACUUUGGGAGACCACAUUUCAAGAGGCUAUAGUUCAGUUCUGCCCAGAAGGGGAUUUUGACCACAGCCCUAUGGUGAUCACCACAGUGAAAGCGCACCAUGGCCUUAAGCCUUUCAAAUUUUACAAUCAUUGGGUGUCCCAUAAUCUAUUCACAGAGACAGUCAAGUACGCAUGGAAUCUUUCCUGUGAGGGCACUAGAAUGUUUAAAGCUAUUCAGAAAUUGAAGAAGCUGAAGCCCCUGCUCAAAGCAAUGGAUGGAAGAACCGAGUCCUCCCUUGCCAUAGCUUUUAAGGAUGCAAAAACAGCCCUACUUCAAGCACAAGAAGCUUUACACCAAAAUCCCAGUGACCCCAAUCUGGCACAUGAGGAAAAGAUAGCAGCAGCUAUUUUCCAGAACACUAAUCAUGAUUAUCAGAUGAUUUUAAUGCAGAAAGCAAAGCUCCAUUGGCUAAGAGAGGGUGAUGAGAACACCAAAUUGUUUCACAAUUACAUCAAGGGCAGAAAAAAGAACAACCUUAUCUUAGCUUUGUAUGAUAUGGAUGGCGUCUGGGUUGAUAAUCCUAUUCUUAUCACUAACUCCUUUAUUGAUUUUUAUACUCACCUGCUAGGAAAUGAGAUAUCAUGGGCAAUUCAAGAUGCUUUCCAUGCUAGGAAACUGGUCAGAGAAAUCAACAUAACUGCUGUUACUCUCAUUCCCAAGGUGAAUGUUCCAAAGUCAGUCAAGGAUUAUAGACCUAUAGCUUGUUGCACUGUUAUCUACAAAUGCAUUACCAAGCUUAUUUGUUCUCAACUGAGCAAGGUCCUUCCCACAGUGAUCAGCUCGAAUCAAGGUGCAUUUGUUUCUGGUAGGAAUAUAAUUCACAAUGUUCUCCUCUGUCAGGACCUGGUCAAACUUUAUAGACCGAGUCAGAAGCAACGAGGGUGCCUCAUGAAGCUUGAUAUUACCAAGGCUUAUGACACGGUCGAGUGGAGCUUUAUUGAAGACAUGCUCACGCAUCUAGGUUUUCCUACUCACUUCAUAGAGAUGGUGAUGACAUGCAUCACCACUCCUGCCUACUCGUUACUCAUCAAUGGUAAUCCUACUCCUCUUAUCCUACCAAAAAGAGGCCUCAGACAAGGUGAUCCACUCUCACCCCUGCUGUUCACCCUCUGUAUGGAAUAUGGAACUAGAAUCCUUCAACAAGCUGCCAAUCUCCCAGGAUUUAAAUUUCACCCAAGAUGCAAAUCUCUCAGACUGAAUAACCUAUGGUUUGCAGAUGAUAUGCUUCUCUUUUGUAGGGGUGAUAUUGACUCAAUUACCAUGAUGAUCAGUAGUCUUAAACUCUUCUCAGACACCACAGGCUUGCAGAUUAGUGCGGAAAAGUCAGAAAUUUUUCUUGCAGGCAUGACAACAAGUGAACAAGAGAUGAUUGGUAAGUUCUCUGGUUUUAGGAUAGGCAAGCUCCCCUUCACUUACCUUGGGGUCCCAAUGGACACCAAGAAGAUCACUCCCAGGGAAUGUGAGGUUCUCAUUGACAAAAUGUGCAAGAGGAUCAAGCUAUGGAGCUCUCGGAACCUCUCUUACAGUGGUAGAUUACAAUUGGUAAAUUCUAUUCUUAUAUCCAUCUGUACGUACUGGUCUCAGAUUUUUAUUCUUCCUAAAACAGUCAUCACAAAAAUAAAUAGUGUGUGUCAACAUUUCCUUUGGCAUGGAGUUAGCGAUAGUACUAAACAUGGAAAUAUUGCUUGGGAAAAUCUAUGUCUUUCUAGAAAAGAGGGGGGUCUGAAUAUUAGGAAUAUCUGGUUAUGGAACAAGGCAGCUAUUGGUAAACAAAUCUGGUCCAUUAGCCAAAAGAAGGAUAAUUUGUGGGUUAAAUGGGUUCAUGCGGUGUAUAUCAAAGAGCAACAAUGGGAGGAUCACAGGCCUCCCAUCACUGCGAGUUGGGUGUGGAAAGGGAUAUGUAAAUUACGUGAAGAAAUCAUCUCCAUUGUUCACCAGCAGCCCAACACGCACUAUAGCAUCAAGGGUGUGUAUAAUUAG